AAAUUUAUUAUUUACUAUUCAGGUUAGGCAUAAUAUCUAAAAAUAAAAAUAAAAUCAAGUGUUUCGAUUAAUUUUUAGUAUAUAAAGACUUAAAUAAUCCUUGAAGUAUUAUCAACAUCUGAACAUUAUAUUUUUAGUAUCAUAUUAUAUUUUUAGUAAGUUUGGCUUCUAUUUCAUUUGAAAAUAUCUCUCACUGGUUGUUGUACAGAUAAGCAAAACUAAAUUCAACAGCUACAAAACUUGCAACUAUGUCGGACUCCAAGAUUGGUUAUACCAAGGAGCAAAAUGAUUCAAUUUCAAUAACUGAUAAGAUUCAAUUACAACAGGAGUUGUUGAACACUGAAUCUGUUGAUAACUAUCUUUAUCUUGAGAAGUCUUGGUGGAAUUACUCUCACUUUCGUUGGUUACAUUUCUACGUUUUUUUGAUUACCUUAACUUCUACUAGUAAUGGUUAUGAUGGUUCUAUGUUGAAUGGUUUUCAAUCGUUAGAAACUUGGAACAAACAUAUGGGUUACCCAGAGGGUUCUAUCUUAGGUGCCCUUUCUAAUGGUACGACUUUUGGUUCUAUUAUCGCCUUUGCUACUGCUUCCUAUCUUUCUGAUAAAUUUGGUAGAAAAUAUUGUAUUCUUGGUGGAUUAGUUGUGUGUGUAAUUGGUGCAAUUUUACAAGGUGCAUCUUACAACUAUGCUUUCUUUUUGAUUUCAAGAAUUAUCAUUGGUAUUGGGUUUUCAACAGCUAUGUGUUCAUCACCUUCAUUGAUUGCAGAAUUAUCUUACCCUCCAUACAGAGCUACUUGUACUGCUUGUUAUAAUACUUUGUGGUAUUUCGGAGCUAUUAUUGCUGCUUGGGUUACUUAUGGAACAAGAAACAUCGACGGUAAUGCAGCCUGGAGAGUUCCAUCUUAUUUACAAGGUUUCUUACCUCUUGUUCAACUUUCUUUUGUGUGGAUGGUUCCCGAAUCUCCAAGAUUUUUAAUCUCCAAAGGUAGAAACGAACAAGCAAGAAAAAUCUUACAUAAGUAUCAUACUGGUUCUUCUGACGACGAGAGAGCUCAUAGACUUGUUGACUUUGAAAUGAGAGAAAUCGAAGCAGCUCUUGAAUUAGAAAAGAUUUAUUCUACAUCUAGAUUCGUUGAUUUCAUUAAAAUUAAAACUUUUAGAAAAAGAUUAUUCUAUAUUUUAUUUACUGCUUGGAUUAUGCAACUUUCUGGAAAUGGUUUAGUCUCAUAUUAUUUGAAUAAGGUUUUAGAUUCCAUUGGAAUCACUAGUCCUACUAAGCAAUUACAAAUUAAUGGUUGUUUAAUGAUCUAUAAUUUUUUCAUUUCGAUCUUUGCUGCUUGUGUUGUUUACAAAUUCAAAAGAAGAACCGUAUUUUUGAGUUGUAUCUCUGGUAUGUUGCUUACUUAUAUCAUUUGGACAGCUCUAUCUGCAGUUAAUCAAAAAACUAAUUUUGAACAUAAAGGUUUGGCAAAUGGUGUCCUUGCUAUGAUUUUCCUUUACUAUCUUGCUUAUAAUUUUGGUGCAAAUGGUUUACCAUAUUUAUAUAUCACUGAAAUUUUACCAUAUUCCCAUAGAGCAAAGGGUAUUAAUCUUUUCCUGGUAGCUCAAAAUAUUAUUCUUGUCUAUAAUGGUUUUGUUAAUGCAGUUGCUAUGGAAGCUAUUGAAUGGAAGUAUUAUAUUGUCUACUGUUGUAUUCUUGCUUGUGAAUUAGUUAUUGUUUACUUCACUUAUGUUGAAACCUAUGGUCACACGUUAGAAGAGGUUGCAAGAGUAUUUGGAGACGAACCUACUACCCAUUUUCCUCAGGCUUCUUCCCAAGUUGAGAAAUUGGAAGUUGAACAUGCUGAGAACACUAGUGAUGGUUCUUCUAAACGUGUUCUUAACGUUUAAGUAUGAAGUUUUCAGUUAAUUGAUUUUGCUCUUCUUAUUCCUAUUCAUAUUGAUAUGAAUCUAUUAUUUCACAAGUAUGAGUUUAUUAAAGACUUGAUAUUCAGUCUGUUAGUUAGUUUUAGUUUUAUUAAUGUUAUUGAUUAAUAUUUUAUAAUUCCUUUAAUGUAUCUAACGUAGAAAUACAAUACUAUAGUAAUAUUAAUCUAUUAAGAUUGCUAUGAUUGCAAAACAUUUAAUGCGGUCGUGCGAAGGCGAUGAUUUCUGCUAACAAAAGAUCAUCAAAAAAA